AUGUCUUCAGGUUCUGAUACUGAAUCUGCUAUUAUUUCAAAUGCAUAUACUCAUUCCAUUAAAACUGAAAGUCAAUUUACCGAUUCCAGAGAUCCAAGUAUUUUAAGUCAAUCUUCUGAUAGUGAUGGUUUUGUACCAAAUGAUAAACUUAAAAAAAUAGAAGAUGCAUUUUUGGGUUAUUAUGAAUGUUUGAUUGGUAACUCUGAAUCAUUAAUUCCAUUUUCUACAGCUAGAAUCGAUUUACAUGGGACAAUGAUAUUAAAUGAAGGAAAACAUUUAGUUUUAACUAAAAUUAAAGAAUCUCCCUAUUUAAAUAAUACUUCAAUUCUUUUCAUUACUGGUAAAGGAAGGAAAAAAAUGGGAGAAUGGACUGGAAAAAUGUUUAAUGGAUUUCCUGAAUGGAUACAAAGUGUUAGACAUUUACUAAGUGAAGAUCCCGUAAAAGGAUUGGGAAGUUAUGAAGUAUUUAUCAAAAAAGAAAUGAAUACUGGAAUUAGUGAAAAAACUUUGAAAAAAUGGGAAGCAGAAUCUAAAAAGAAAAAAGACAUAAAUUAUAAAUUAUCAUUAGCAGGUUUUUAUAUGAAAAGUAAUGAAGUAAAUGAUGGAAAUUAUAAUAAAACUAAUAAAUGUUAUUUAAAAGCUAAAGAUUUAUAUUUAAAAGCUGAAAGUUUAGGUUCAUUUGAAGCAAAAUUAUGUUUAGGAGCUAUAUAUUCUAUUGGUUUAACUAAACCAAAAGAUUAUAAACCGGCCAAAGCUAAAAAAUAUUUCAAAAAGAUAGCAAAAAAAACGAAAGAUGAAAAUAUUGCUAGGAUAGCAAUGAGAAAUGUUGCUACAUUGUUUCAUAAUAAUGAAAUUGAGAAAAAAAAAACAGGAUUAUUGGAAUAUUUUUCCUCUUUAAUAAUUAGUAAUAAACCUAUUAAGCCAUUACAUUUAAAGAAUGCAGAAACAUGGUAUCAAAAAUCUCUUGGUUUAAAGGAUAGUCAAUCUGCGUAUCAACUUGGAUUGCUUUACGAAAAUAAUUUUUAUGAUAGUAUAAAAAAUGAAAUUGAAGAAAAUAAAAAGAAAGCAGAAGAAUUAUUUGAAAAGGCUGUUGAAGGCAAUAAUUUGUAUGCAAAAGCAAAACUAGGAAGAAUCUUAAUUAAUAAUAAAAAAGAUGAAAGUAGAGGGCUUAAACUGUUGAAAGAAGCGGCAGAAAAAUUGGAUAUGGGGCAAACAUACCUUGGCGAAUAUUACGAAAAAGCAGAAGAUUAUGAAAAAGCUGUUAAAUUUUAUUCAAAGGCCGCCAGACAGAGACGUGGAUAUUAUAGUCAUGCCGCACAAUAUCGCCUUAAUAGAUUAAAUGACAAAGAACUCAUUAAUGAAGAUACUAAUAUUGAAGAUAUUUUGGAAUACUAUAGAAAGGAAUGUAAAUAUGGUUAUGUUGAAACUGGAGAAAAUUUUGAAAAAAUUCGUUAG